CCGCCAGGAGCCUGCACAGCUCUGCACAGCAGCUGCAGGUUUUAAACAUUUGCACUCCAGUCCAGCAGGCGGCAGCAAAGCCACCGCGAAAGCUCACUGCGCAUGCGUCCAGGCUUUCACCUGGAAGUGUAGCUAGUAAACAAGCGACCACGACGCUUCGGGCAGCGAACUUCUCCCGUUCUUUUAGUUGUUCUGGUCUCCAGAGGUCCGCCAACAUGUCUAAGAUCGAGAUGCUGAGGCUGCUGAUCAACCAGCGGCUCACCGAGGCCGCGGAGGAGAUCUUCGGCGUGUUCGGCAGAACCAUAGCCGAGUACGAGGAGGAGAUCUCCCGCUCCAAGCUGGAGAUCGAGCGCCAGCGCCGGCUGCUGGACCUCCACAAGAAGCCGCAGAUCUCUCUGCAGGUGAACAGCUCAGCUCUGCCCCAACAUGGCGCCUGCAGCCUUAACCCUUUCCAGCCAUCAGCAGACCCCAGAGCCAGAUCAGAAAACACACUCCCAUCUCUCUCUGAGCAGCAGGAGUGGAGCUCCAGUCUGGACCUGAACCAGAUAAAACCUCCUCCCAUCAAAGAGGAGGACGAGGACGAGGAGCUGUGGCCGCCUCAGCGGGAGGAGACGCCUCAGACGCCGGAGCAGAACGACGGCAAGUUCGUGUUGUUCCAGAGCGGCGGUGUGAGGAACGCGCAGGACAACCACCACAUGACCUCCUCGCUCUCAACGCGGCCGUGCCAGGACCUGGACGACUCGGAGCUGGACCCCCAGCCGGGCACCUCGGUGCCGCAGACCUGCUCUGACCUUGGCGAGGACGCCCCUGAAGCUUCAGAUCAGGCUUCAGGCAACGGCCAGCCGGACUGCAUCGAACUGGACGCGCCGCUGUCCGAGGUGGUGGACUCGUACAUUUGCACCAUUUGCGGCCGUGCGUUCGCUCAGCGCGGCCACUGGGCCAAACACGUGCAGGUGCACCGCAAGGUCGAGAGCAAAGCCGACAAGUCGUACACGUGCGACAUCUGCGGGAAGAGGCUCACGCGGUUCGACGGUUAUCAGAAACACUUGAGGAUUCACACGGGUGAAAAGCCGUACUCCUGCGACGAGUGCGGCCGCAGGUUCAGCGACAACUCGAAUUACAAACGCCACAUCCGCACACACACGGGACUGAAGCAGAGCUGAGACCGUGGGACCAGGACUCAGAGCGGGAUGGACCGUCAGACCUUUGGCAGAGGAGGUUUCCAGCACAUGGCGGUCGCAUGAACACAAGACGUGUCAACGCUGUCUGGAUAAAGAUGAAUAUUUGCUCCUCCUCCUUUUUUACAUUUCAGUGAGAGUUGUUCGUUUUCCUUCAGAGACGCUGCAAAAUAAAAACCAGAACAAAUUCAGAGGUUUUUUAAAACUGGUUAAAAGAAAGAACGGAGCAGAAGAAGGCCGUGUUGGUCUCGCCAUUUUGUUUGCCAGCAGAGGAGGAAGAACUGGAUUUCAAAGAUAAAUGGACGGGAAACUCUCAAAAUAUAAAUGGAUUUUUAUAUUUCUCCACGUGAGUGUGGACAUCGUGCACCGAGACCAGGAAGAAGAGACUUUUAUAUUGUAAUUUUAUAUAUUAUAUAUUUUAACAGACUUUACACUGGUGGAGACGGUGCUGUCCUUUUACACUUACCAGUGUUUGACUUGUGUCCACUCAGUUUGUUAGGUAGUCAGGCGGUGUAGAAGUCUGUAGCACAAAAACAUCCACCAGCCGUGUUUUGAUUAAAGAAUUGAAAGAUUGGAAAGUUUUCACGUUCUUCCAUCGGAGCUGUUUCUCCUAAUGAGUCCGACUGCAGUCCCCCCCUCCUGAGGCCCCUAGUGUCCGUGAGCCAAUGGGGUUUGUCGUAUGAAGUAGGCUACCUUAGCAGUCCACCAAAAUCUGUUUCUGAACACAUUUGAGGUGAGAAAUAAGCAGCACAGAUGCCUGAAGCUUCACUCAUGUUAAAUCUACGUGGCCAAUUUUAAAAGUUUGCUCAGAGUUUCGUAGGCAGGGGCGCUACUGCGCUGCUGCUGAGACAUUUCCCAUAGAGGUUAGCGAGUUAGCCAACAUUAGCUUGAAGGUUACUGCAGACAGCCUGUGGUGCUUUCCAACAAGUUAGUCUAUAAGAAUGUCUUCGGUUAUUUAGUUAUGCUAUGGCUGAUCACAGAUCGUGCCUGUAUUGCUGUAUCAUAUUCAGAUAUUUAUAAGUGAGUGAAUAAUUUAACAGACCAGCAGGGGCGAACUGGAACUGGUCCGAGGGGCCCGAGGAGAGGGGUCUGCAGUUGGAAGCAACAACACAGGACUGAAGGUUUGGUUAGCAGCUCGUUUGUUUCUGCAGCAUGGAAUAUGUGAUCAUCUCUGUUAACAGACACUAAACUCGUGUUAAAUAAGGUUUGAUUAGGUGAGAGCUGGUUUAUACGAAGGCCGCUGUAAUUUAUGAAAACUCUGAAAUAAAACUGCAGCUGACAGCCUUUACAUCCACAGCUCCACUCUGUUCAACACAACUAUUAUGCGACUUUUGGUAACAGUGGGAUGGAUUGUGUCGCUGUUUAUCUUGACAUUUUGUUGUAUUUAUCAUCUAUCAGUAAAAUCUCUGCCUGACCUAUAAGGUAACUAUUGAGGUUCUUUUUUUCUCUUGCAUAAAACUGCAGAAUUAGUCGAAAUGUCAUGCAAAUGUCAUCGGAGCUUUCUCCCUUUUGGCAUAAAAUCAGGAUCUAAAUAUAAUUUUGUUUAUAAGUUAAAUUAUAAGUUUGUAAUCGUACAUUUGAACACAAGGCCAAAUGUUGGAAUUUCAUUUUUAAAUUGUGUUUUAUUCCAUUGUGGGCCUGUUGGAAAAGAAAGACAUGGAGCAGUGUAGGCAACUAUUUGACCUGCUCAUUUCAGACCAGCAGAUGGCAGCACAGCACUUUGUUUGAAAUGGCAUCUUGGUUGACCCACAUGGUGAUGAGGAAGAAGUUCAUAUUAUGCAACACAAUUCAAUAUGAUUUUAUUUCAGUUGUUAUAAUUUUAUAAAACACUGCAGGUUCCCUUUUUAAUGAAUAUAUAAAAAAAGAAAGUGUUGAGCAGCAGGUCUGCAGAGAAACAGUCACACAAUUACAAUUUAUAAAUGCAUUUUAUCUGAAUAAAUUUAGCUGGAGUGACCAGAAAACCCCUGCACCAUGUUAUUUACAAUAACAGUACUUGGAUGCAACCUUUUUAUAAAAACACAACAUAAAAUAUUGUUUUACUCGUGGUGGUUUUACAUUCUGCCCCUCGUACACUAUGUAAAAAGAUACCAGGGUUGCUGACCUCCUUGAACCCCACAAUCUCUUGAAGGACGCCUGGAACUUCAGGGACCCCUGCUACAUUCACAAAAACUAAGGACAAACCAAAGACCUGUAGAACAUCUUCAUGGAUUCCUAGAGGUCGUUUCAAGCAGCCGAUAAUUCCUCCAAGAAACACCAGGACGUCAUCAGUGGAGCACCUUCCAAAAAGCUAGCAAAACCCCGUCAGUGAUCAGUGAACCUUCCCUUAAUUAAGAGUCUAGGGAUAGAGGAGGAUGUUCUCUACAGAUUGUAAAGCCCCUUGUAAUAUUGGGCUAUUUAAAUAAAAUUGACUUGAAUACAUGUCAGGUGGAACUUCUAUCAGAGCAGCACUGGAUAACAGCAUUUCAACUUUUUGUCUCAGGAGGGAUGGAAAAACUCAUUUAUAUUCCAUGAUUCAUUUGACUAAAAUUAAAAUUGAAAUGAAAAGAAACAUUUCCAUCAACCAGCAGAGCUUUGUGCUUAAUCUGCCGACAAUGAGAGCAGAAUAUAAAAUACGCUGCUCGUUGUAACCGACUGGUUAUAGAGGAAAAUACUCCCUUUGUUCAGUUUGUCAAGGACCUCUGGAUCCCCGACAAGAACUACUGGUUUCGUGGGAUUCUUUCAAGCAUCCCUGGGACAUGCAUAUCCCUGGAAACCCCUCAAGAACUUGCGAACCCACUCAAGGACUUCUGGAACACCUCAAGGGAUACCUGAAAUAACCUCAAAGACUCCCCUUACCCUGAAGGACUUCUGGAUCUCCAUCAAGAACUACUGGUCUUGUGGGAUUCUUUCAAACAACCCUGGGACACCUCAAGAACUUGCGAACCCACUCAAGGACUUCUGGAACGCCUCAUGGGAUACCUGAAAUAACCUCAAAGACUCCCCUUACCCUGAAGGACUUCUGGAUCUCCAUCAAGAACUACUGGUCUUGUGGGAUUCUUUCAAGUAACCCUGGGACACACACAGAACCCUGAAACACCUCAAGAACUUGCGAACCCACUCAUGGACUUCUGGAUCUCCAUCAAGAACUACUGGUCUCCAGAAACUCCUUUGAGCCCUUUUGGGACACCUGUAAGUACCCCUGGGAUGUCUUCAAGAACUCCUGGACUUUAAAACAUCCAAAGCACUUCUGGAGCACCCGAAAGACUCCUUAAAUACACUCAAAGACUCUUGCAACAACUUCAGGGGUCCUGAAAGAGGAAUCAAGGGUCCUCUUAAAUUUAAAGAAUCUCAGAAUUGUUUCAGGAUUCCUGAAAUGGCCUGAAACCCCUUCCAAGACUCCUGAAUGUUUUCAAACACUCUCGGGACACAUUCAGGGACACAGUAGAACUUUCUGAUGGGUCUCAGGACCAUAAAACCUCAUGGACUACUAGAAAUCCCUCAAGAUCCCCUUGAUCCCUUUGGGACUGCGUCAACAUAUCCAGUACAUCAAGCUUCUGAGAAAAGCCUGGCCGUCUGUAUCUGCAGCCUGACAACAAUCCUGCUGGAUUUAAAGGACCAUCCAGCAGAUGGAGAGGACCAGGUUUGGAUCGCCGCCACAAAAUACAACCAUGUGUUUUCACGUGACUCGCUGAGGAGGACCGUUGGACAAAGUUGAAAGCUCUGCAAACAGCGAAAAUGUUCAGUGUAAACAACAGAAUCGAAUGAGUCCUGCGUCACCUGGAGGCCGAGACGUCCACUGUGGGAACCACAGAGAGUGAAACCAACCAGGCUGUCCUACCUGGGAGAGGCUGAGGUCGGGGUCUCCCAGCGGCAGGCCCUGGUGUCCGGGGGUGUGGAGGUGAGACUCUGACCGGCCGUUGGGGAUGAAGGAGCUGUACAUCUUGGGGCUGGACACGUCCAGUUUGUCCUCCUGCAGGAAGACGAAACAAAAGAGGGAGAAGGGGAGUCAGAGCGCUGAUAGCUUUCCCCGCCAGAGGAUGAUAAAGUGAGGAAAAGAGGUGUGAAACAAAUACAUAUAUAGAUACUGAGACUUUUAAUCUUU